AUGGUUACAUGUAGCAAGGCUAGGAUUUUAAGAAAAAGGUCUGUCGGACAAUCUAAAUGGACAACAGGAUUUAUUGAACCAACCACUGAUGUUGAAGCUCUUAAGCAUGCUAGUUGGAAGCAAGCCAUGAUGGAUGAAUUGUUAGUACUUCAAAACAAUCAAACAUGGACUUUGGUGCCUUCUUGUCCAGGGAUGAAUAUUGUUGGUAAUCGAUGGGUUUUAAAGGCUAAAAUGAACUCUGAUGGUUCUUUCCAACGCUAUAAAGCUCGCUUGGUGGCCAAAGGUUUUAACCAACGACCUGAUGUUCAUUUUGUUCGUGACAAAGUACUUAAGAAGCUCCUAGACAUCCGAUAUGUUGCCUCACAUGACCAAAUAGCUGACUGCUUCACCAAAGGCUUCACUCACUCUCGGUUUCAGUUCAUAGUAGACAAACUAGGUGUGGUUGAGAACUCACUUAGUUUGAGGGGGACUGUUAAGAAAUAA